CAACCACUAAGUACUAAUGCCUUCCGACGGCAUCCGACUUCUACCUUUCGCACCUCUCUUUACUAUACCCGUUUUCAAAGUGCCUACCUAGCGAAAUUGGGUUCUCUGCACGUCUUGAAGAGUUCUCAAACUCAUUCCGCUCUUUUCUGUCAUUUUCACCGCUUUUAGGAGCAUUGAGCGAUUUUCUUGCAUUUUUGUCAUUAUUCAACAUACACCGCAAAAAUAGGAGUGGUUUUUUAGAAUAGAGGCCUUGUUUGCCAUUUUACUAUUCUGGUUUAAACAAUGUCGUGGAAUACUUCCAUCAGUAGUUCAAUAUCUACAGAUGACAAUGGAGGUGUUGUUACUAUUUUACUGACUUCUACAAUCUAUGGGUCGAACACAGUAACAAUAUCUGCUCCGUACUCGAAUUCGACAUCGGGAACCAAUGUGUUCCCUAUGGCAACUUUCACGGGCACUUCGUCCACCUCCGCUUCGUCAUCAUCAGCAGGAAGCAACAAGAGUGGUGGUGGUGGUGUGUCGACCGGCGGUGUGGUUGCAAUGGCCGUAGCCAUUCCCGUUGGUUGUGUAAUCAUCCUGUCUGUAUUGGGAUGGUACCUAUGGCGGCGUUACAAGCAUGCUCGAGAACUGAAGGCUGCUCGUAAACAAGAGGUGGAGGAGUACGGUUUCAACCCGAACCAGCAUUCAGGUAAUUUCCGUGGACCCACCAGAAACCCAUCUACAGCUGGAUAUCGUGGCUGGAACGGCAAUGCUGGCACAACUCCCGCGACCACAGUCGCAGCUACUGGUGCCGGUGCAGCAACGACUGCUGCUGUUCCUGCAGCAAACGGAGCAGCACGUCCCAUUGCACCUCGUGCACCUCUAGUUGGUGCGGGCGCUUUGUCACCCAACGCUGCCGCCCGGCUUAGUACGGCCUCUUCUUUAGAUUUCGGUGAAGGAAAUGUAGUUGGAGAAGCAGCAGCAGCGGCGGGCGCCGCUGCUGCCGCACCUGGUUCACGCCUUGUUCGCCCUAUCGGCAAUCCCCCCAAUUUGACCCCUCCCACGAGCAACAGUAACAACGUUUUGGAGACAGUUGCUGAAGAUGAAGCAGCUCUGGCGGCUGAUGCGUUGGCUUCUGAAUAUGAACACUCGAGACCCUCUUCCAUCGGUUCUUCGUCUACUUCCUCUAACUCACCGUUUUCCAGCGACGCCGCACCUUUUGUGGCUAAUGUACACGACAGCAUGGGCUCUAAUAUGUCGACCGACGGUGCUUUGGCUACUAUCCCAGAAGUUGAUGCGGACAGCGAGAGUUCUUUCGACCCAGAGGUUGACGACCCAACUCGUUCUGCCACUCGUAAUUCAUUCAACACUAUGAACACAUCAGGACCCAACGGCUCAAGUGCUGCUUCGCGUCCUCGGUAUGACAUGUUUUAAACACGUCCCAUUAUAACCAAGCGCCACUUACCUAGCCUCUUCGAAGGUGGGCGUUGUUGGCUUUGUUCGUCGUCGCCCUUUAGACUAGCUUGAAGGAUCGUGGUUCCCGUACGUUACGUUUGUCGUAUUGGGACUUUGACCAGUCGGGCAAUUUCGUGCGCAUCUAGCCAAGGUUGAAUGGUAUACUGUACUAUUUAAACGUUCGCUUUGCGUGCACCCUCCCCUUCCGAACGCUAACGACUCGGAGUGCUUGUGUGCUCAGGUCGUGACGGUGAUUGUCGUCUACAUUCAGUCCCUUCACCUCAGCUUGUUUCCACAAAAAAAACAAGAUUUACUUUGAACUAUAAACCGUCAUCUCUUUCCUUUUACAUCAUUCAUUCCUUAAGCAGUGUUUCGGUUUGUUCGAAAAAGGGCUUAAAAUUGGCUGUAUGAGAGUGUGCAUAGUAAUGGUUCCUUAUUAUUGGUUCCUUAUCAAAGCUCACACUACUAUGCUCUAUUACAAACUCAUACACUAGGCCGUCUUUCUCAAGCAAUUUGUACAUACAAACCCUGUCAAUGUGUUUUCCUCUUUUUUUCUGCUAUUAAGUUAUUAUCUGAAGUCAUUAACGCAUGUGUUUGCUUUCCGUUUUAAAGAGGCAGCAAUAUCACAGCCUUCCAUUUUUUUUUCUUAUUUCAUAUAAAAAUACUAUUUUAUUGAAAUUGAAAUCGACUACUGCGUAGGGAGAAGUUGAAUAAAUAUAAAAGUGAGGGA